AGAUAAUAGUAGCAGAAUUUCACAAAAAAAUCAAGGAAGCAUUUGAAGUGUUUGACCAUGAGUCGAAUAAUACAGUGGAUGUGAGAGGACCUUGCCCUGUGCUACACAGAGGACAGCGAAGUCUUUAUGUGCGAGUUUCUUCAUCAUCCCAUUUCCAAAGACAAACUAGGGGUACAGAUAGGAACUGUCUGCUACAACUUGAGAGAACAGAUAAGUCACAUUACUUUUCUAAGUCCGAUUAAAUCUUGUACCCCUACUUGUCAAGACCAAUAAAAAGUUAAUAUUAGUAGUUUUUGUGGCUUCUUUUAGUCUCUUAUAUUGUACAGUAUGUUUUCUCUUAACCUUUCAAUCAGUUGUUGUAAACUGCACCUUUAAAAUGAAAUGACGUAUAGCAAGUCUUUGAAUAAUGUUGUUACAAAAUUAAUGAGAAAAGAAAUGGUUUUGUUAUAUGUCCUUUUGCUUCCAGUUGCAGUUUCCAAGAACCCAUCAGUGAUAUCAGAGAAGACUUGCUGUUCUGGGACCCCGAGGCUUAGUGCAGUCUCUGGGGGAAAGUGGAGAGAGGAAAAGCAUUGUGCUCAUGAGCUGUCUAGGCCUGAGGCAGGGACAGCAUCCAUGCUGUCUACACGAGGCCCAGCCACAGGGAGCCUUAGCACAGCUUCCAGGGCCCCAGAGCUCAAUGAGGAGGUUCACUUUCCACAAGAGGAAGGAAGCUCGUCCAGUGCAGUAGCGAAGGAGAAGAAGAUGGUGAAAGGACUUCCUCCAGCCUUUGCCCCUGCCACCUGCUCUCUCCAAGGCAUUCUCCACCCUCCAGUGAAUGUUACCAGCUCUUCGUGUAUCCUGUCAAUACUGUACCCAAGAGAGAUUGGAACAAUUAUCAGGUCAUUAGGAUGCUGCCCUACUGAAGGAGAGCUGCAUGAUCUGAUUGCAGAGGUAGAAGAAGAAGAACCCACUGGAUACAUUCGAUUCGAAAAAUUUCUUCCGGUGAUGACAGAAAUACUACUAGAAAGGAGAUACAGACCAAUUCCAGAAGAUGUCCUUCUUCGAGCUUUUGAGGUUUUAGAUUCAGCUAAACGUGGGUUUCUUACUAAGGAUGAACUGAUCAAGUAUAUGACUGAAGAAGGUGAGCCUUUUUCUCAAGAGGAAAUGGAAGAAAUGUUGUCUGCUGCAAUUGAUCCAGAAUCAAAUUCAAUUCAUUACAAGGACUAUAUAACAAUGAUGGUGAUAGAUGAAAAUUAAAUGUUCUAAAGAUAAUUUCUAAUUGAAAGGUCAAUUUUAGAAAUUGCUUCUCCUUGUUAAUUUCACAUCUAAGAUAAGAGAAUCUAAGGAAUCUUAGGAUUCCUAUAUGUGAUAUUUAAUACCUUGUGACGUAACUAUUUCUAUUUUGAGAUACUUUGUUUUUAAAGAUGAUCAUAACACUUUAAAACAAAUUUAGUAUGUCUAGCCUUACAGAAUGAUAAAUUACUCUUUAUUUAAAAACUAUUCUUAAAACAUUUUAACAUUAGAAUUGAUUGUUAUAUUCUGUAAUAAAACUCAGGUAACCUUCAAAUUAAUUAAGCUGACAAAAUGAAAAUGACUGUAAUGACCCAAGGUUUGACAUAUAAAGAUCUUAAGAGGGGGCAGAAUGACUAGCAAUUGACAAUGAGUAGCAAUAUAAUGAAGGCUUCCUUUUUCAACAAUAACAAAUGCUUCAUCAAUCUGAGUGUGGAAGGAGAUUUAUCAAAAUAAAUAUUAAUUGAUUUUUUAUGAGUGCCAAUUACGAAUGUCAUUUGGGAUUGUAAUAACUGAGUGUAAACAUGUAUAUUUGCUGAUCCAGCAUGUCACCAUUUAUGGAGUAGCUAAAGGAGUUGAGAUCAUUGAAACUAGAGAAAAGAAGGCUGAGUGGAAAUUGAUAGUGUAAGGUAGUGGCAAUUCUCUCUUUGUCUUUAGAAUUGUCGCCUACUCGGUAUAUCUGUCAUGGGAAUAUUGUCCUGAAUACUGAGUAAGAAUACUGAGAAAUGUUUUGGUGUGCAAAUGUGCAGCUCCCGAAAGAGGAGAAUGAAGGACGCCUCUGAGCACAAGCAGUCACAAUGGAAAAAUAGUCACUAUAUGGCAACUUACAAGCAAAGGGGAAGAUAAGGUAAAGGAGAAUGAACACUUUUCCCAACUUAAAUAUUCUUUUAUAACAAUACACACACACACACACACAAACACACGGAUCUCUAUUUAAAGAUGGCUUUACCACCGUAUGUGUGUAUCUACAUAGAUGUAAACGUUUCAAGUUGCUGGGAGCCUUCCUCAGGCAUGCUGUCUUGCCUCCGAAAGAUGCAGCUGCUACCCAAGAGACUGUCACUGUUCAUUCAUUCAUGAAACAUUGAAUGAGUAUCAUGAGAUAAUGUGCUGGGAACCAGAGUCCCUAACGAGUCCAGGUCGCGGUUUAGUGAAGGAAGCCUGCAAGUCCAUCAGCAGCCACAUUUCAGACGGGCACGUUCAGGGUACCGUGGAAGUACAGCAGAGGGGCAGCUACUUGGCCUUGCAGGGAGGGAGCUUUCUGGGAGAUGAAAGGUGCCAGUGAGCAGAGAAGGCUUCCCAGGACAGGAAACACCUGACUUUAAAAUGAGAAGUUUAGUAAGUGGGCAGCGGGGCACAGGGCAUUUCAGCAGGUGAGCGGCAAGUCCAGAAACCCUAGAGGUGCCAUGAAACAUGGAACCGCCUGGGAAUUGGAAGCAGCUCAGUGUGUUUGGAAUGUAGGAGAUUUGGGGGUCAUGAUGAGAGGUGAAACUGGAGCGGUAAACAGGAGCUGUAUCGUUAAGAAUAUCGGGUUAGGUGUUGAGUUAAGGUUUCAGCGUGAGAGUUUGGACUUUAUUCUGAAGAUCACAGAGAAAGAUCAUUUGUAAGCAGCAGGGAAAACAGAUUUGAUAGGUCAAGACUAGAAGUGAGACCCGUUUGUAGGCCAUUUGGUUGGUGGGAGGGGAUAGACUGAGAAAAGUCAAGCAUGAAUCCCAGGUUUCUGGCUCAGACGGUGGGUAAAAGUGCCAUUCAUUCAGAUAAGAAACCUGAGGAGCAAGUGGGGCAUUGGUAAGCAAAAUGGUGAGGUGGGUACAGACACCUUUGGAGCUCAGCAUGUAAGCAGCUUGAAAGGAACAGAAGAGAGUCUAGAACAAAACCAUGGGGAACAUCAGCAUUUCCGGGAGGGCAGAGGAAGUGGAGCCCACAAAAGAGACUGGGAAGGAGAAGCCUGAGAAGAGGAAAGCUGGCAAGAAGCAUCUUGGAUGCCAAGGUCAGAGAGAAUCGCAAGGAGGGGCAGUGGCCAUGCCGGAUGUAGUGGAGGGGAGAGGGAAAUUACAGACGGAAAAAACGCCCAUUGCUGGUAGCAACGAAGAGUUCUUUGAGGGCCUCUCCCAGAGCAGAUGUGGGGAAGCAACAGGGUAUGGAGUUGAGUGGAUUGAGGAAGGAAUGGAUGUGAGAAGGUUGCAGCCUGGAGGACAAGUUACUCAGCAGUGAAGAGAAGGAAACAGACAACAGGCUGGGGGAGUGAUUUUUGGAAGACGGGCAGAUGUAGCAAGUUCAUUUCUAGUCCGAGGGCUGACAGCCCGCAGAGAGGGUGAAGGGAGGGGCCGGCUUCCAGAGCAAUACAGAGAUUUAGGAACAGUGAACCAACGCCUGUGCUCCCUACCCCAUGGCCUCUACUGCCUUUUGGAGAGGAAGGUAGUAGGUUACAGAGCUUGAAGAGAAUGGUGUAACUUUAGAAUAUCUCUUGUGGGAAAUGGGAAAAAGAGUUGAGAGAGCCCAUGCAAGGAUUUUCAAGAAACCCUGGAAGAUUUUGUGCUCAGGAGCAAAAAA